ACAACUGCUAUGCCCCCCAACCCUUCCACCUUGAUCGAAGAGGUUGGCUUUUUCAAUCAGGCUGCUACUACUAACAAUGCUCCUCCUCCGCUGCUAUUUCAAAGUUUCUCUCAUCACACCAGUACAGGAUUCGGGGGGAACUUCUCCCACCAGAUAGGGCCUCUAUCUCAGCACCAUCCAUCUCCUCAUCCUCACUUCCAGCACCCUCAUAAUCAGCACCGCAGGUCCUCGGCCAGCCCCCAUCAACCUCCCUUCUCCCACCGCAGUGCUGCUUUCAGCCAGUUGCCCCAUUUGGGGAACAACCUAAGCAAGUCUCCUUCCCCCUGGGGGAGCUAUCAGAGCCCCUCGUCCACCCCAUCUUCUACUUCAUGGAGCCCAGGUGGAGGGUAUGGAGGCUGGGGAAGCUCUCAGGGACGGGAGUAUCGCCGAGGGCUGAACGGAGGGGUCAAUCCCCUCAACUCGAUCUCUCCUUUAAAGAAAUCUUUCCCAAAUAGCCAAACCCCAACACAGAAGUAUCCCCGCAACAACUCUGGCUUCAACACUAAACCCUGGAUGGAGGAUACCAUAAACCGCAACGAUAGCAUCUUUCCUUUUCAGGAGCGCAGUCGGUCCUUUGAUGGUUUCAGCAUGCACUCUCUAGAGAACUCUCUGAUCGACAUCAUGAGAGCCGAGCAGGAUUCCUUGAAAGCGAGGAAUUACGGGAGGCGACGAGGUCACUCAUCGUUGUUUCCCAUGGAUGAUGAGCGGACUUAUGGAGAGGAUGACAGGUCUGAUCAGAGUCUGGGAGGACUGGGCUCACCACACAGUUUCCCUCACCAAAAUGGCGAACGCAUUGAGCGCUAUUCUCGCAAGGUCUUUGUUGGUGGUCUACCUCCGGACAUAGAUGAAGACGAGAUCACUGCCAGUUUCCGACGCUUUGGACAUUUGUUUGUGGACUGGCCUCACAAAGCAGAAAGCAAAUCAUAUUUUCCACCAAAAGGUUAUGCGUUCCUUCUGUUUCAAGACGAGAGCUCGGUCCAGGCACUGAUAGACGCUUGUAUGGAAGAGGAUGGGAAGCUCUAUCUCUGUGUCUCUAGUCCUACAAUCAAAGACAAGCCAGUCCAGAUACGACCCUGGAAUUUGAACGACAGUGACUUUGUGAUGGAUGGCUCUCAGCCCCUUGACCCCAGAAAAACAAUCUUUGUUGGGGGAGUUCCACGACCUCUACGAGCUGGUUUGUUUGUAAGCACGUAUGUUCAUUUAUGCACUCAUGCUCGCUUUGUGCAGCUGCAACACGGAGAGAUCGAUAAACGGGUGGAAGUGAAGCCAUAUGUACUGGAUGACCAGCUGUGUGAUGAGUGUCAGGGCACGCGUUGUGGGGGCAAGUUCGCUCCAUUCUUCUGUGCUAAUGUCACUUGUCUUCAGUACUACUGUGAAUACUGCUGGGCAGCCAUUCACUCGCGUGCCGGACGGGAGUUUCACAAGCCUCUAGUGAAGGAGGGAGGAGACCGGCCUCGCCACAUCUCCUUCCGCUGGAACUGAUCGGGAGGUCAAGGCUGUGCUAUUCAUUCAUAUACAUGCACUUUUCAUUUUGCUAAGUCCUUUUUAUUUGGAGUUCUUUUUUAAGUCUGAAAUUGUAUUUAUUCUUAAGUUUUUAAUUUUUUUUUUGCAGAAGAGAAUGCUAAAAGAAAAUGGUGUAAUCCUGAUUUUUGUUGAAAAGCUACAUUGGUGUGCAUGAAGACUUGAAUGCAUUAGAUUUAAAAAAAUAUAGAUGUUUAGCCUGACUUGACUCUGAAUUACUGUUCUAUCUUUAUUCUCUCGGAGCCUCAUCUUUUGUUUGUAAUGGGUCACAUUUUCACUUUAAACUGUUGAAGGCUACACACAAAGAGGCUGGAAACGUAAGGGUUCGAGCCUCGUUCAUAUGACUUUAAUGUUGAGGUUUGACUAAUCUUAAAUGGCUGCAUGGCAAAUGUGGAUUCACAGUUACUCCUUCAACAAAAUGCACAGUAACGACGAACGAGACCACAAGCUAUUGUAUGAGUGACUUAAAAUGACAUUUUAAGGGGUUCAUUCUGGAAUGGAUUAUAUGGACUGGUUCUAACAUUUAAGGCAAAUCUUUGUGAUUAAGUGGAAAAAAGAUUUAUAAUAUUAAAAUCCUUUAGAGGUUCUCAUUCUAACAAUGCUCAGACACUGUAAGAUUACUAUUAAACUGCUUCCAAGUUACCUAUAACUUAAUCAAGCGUAAGAUCUGAGGCAAGGCUAACGGACAACAACUGAGAACAGCAGUGAUGCAGGAUCCAGUUUUUAGGUCAGGCAAACCAAAGAUGAGCCUUAGAGAUGUCCUACUGUCUGUGAUACAAUGAAGAUUAUAUAUAUAUAUAUGAUAAAAAGCUUAAAUUUAAUUGGUUUGAUGGGUUAAAAAAAGAAUGAAAUCUAUUAACUUAAGUAUUUAUGAUUCUUGUAAUGGUUAUGGCAGUAACUUUGGCUCAUUUGUCAGGGAUUUUGUGCUAAAAGGUAACUCAAUGUUGUAGUAUUUGCUAAUGAGAAAUUACCAUGUGUUGCAUUGAUAGUGUUUUACUGCAUGGGUUUUGCCAUGGGUUCAUUGGUGUUCUAACAGAGCAUUGCAGUAGCGGAGCACAUUUCAAAGAAUUUGAAAAACAAAUAUUAUUUUUUACAUGGUCUGCUGAUUUUUGUACUGUGUUUUAUAGCCAAUUAUUUUGUCAUGGACGUAAAACCAUUAUGCACUACUUUUCUAAAUAUUGUUUUUCAAGUCACUUUUUUCCACAAAUGGAAAGUCCUUUUGUGAUAACUUUUCUUUUUUUCACUUGUUGAAUAUCGAUUUUGUACCUUUUGUUACUGAGAGAUCUGGUUAUAACGCAAGCAUACCUUAAGGAAAAGAAAAAAAGCUAAUAUAAUUUUGUUUAGGUUAUGUAUUUACGUGCUGAAAUCCCUAGAUUGUCACAUAUAUAUAUAUUUAGGUGACCGUAUUGUUGAAACUAAUAUCUAAUAUUUGCAAAAUGCAAACUGUGCUGUCUUAAAUGGAGAAAGUAAAUAUUGAAUCUAGCAUGACACAAAUUCCUUAAAAUGUGUGGUACAUGUAGAAAUAUAUACCUAUCCAGUACCCACCCACUAUCAGUUACGAGAAUGAUGAUACCUCCCUCAUUAUUGGCUGUAGAAAAUAAAAUAAUUAACACUGUAAAUUAGAGUAAUGUUAGGAUGCACCUUGUAUCACAAUGAUGAAUGUUCCAUAUUGAAAUAUCAAUGUUUACUGUUAUGUAUAAUUCUGAGAGGUAACAAGAUUCAUUUAUUCAUUAGGUACGCAUGAGCUAAAUGAAUAAGUUAGGGUUUAGUUAUUUUCAAUUGCUUUAAUAGUACUUUUAUUUGAACCCUUUCCCCACACUUGCAGUUAUAUGUUCCUUGCCCAUGCACAAAGUGUGCAUACCCCACUUUACUGUGUUUACUAGAUGACAAAAAGAAGCAUAGGAGAGGGUGAUUAGUCGCAUAUUGAUUCAGGGUUUACUUGAAUACGCUUUCAAAAUAUUGACAGUGAGAUCUGUGCAAUACUUUUUCCCAGAGACCUUUACAGUGUACUUCUAAUAUAACCAUUACUUUCAACCUGGCUCACCUCACAAACUCUCCUUCAGCCAUUAUAACCUUUAACAUUCUCUGAUUUAUGUAU